GAUCCCCACCCUGAUAUAAUAACUAUUAAUAUAUACAAGUAUAAAAUAAGUAUUUUGGUAAUAAGAUGGUGGUCUGAGAAACAAUUCACAGAAAGAAGAAAAACCCUAAUGAGAUUUGGUGGAUGGUGCAAAUAAAUAAAUGUUGAGACUAGCAUUCUGUAAAUAACUGCAUGGAGGAGAUUCAACCGGCGGUGGAUGGUGACGCUGAUCCGGGGAACAUGUCAGAUAACCAUAAUGGAUUAUUAUUAUUAUUCGCUCGUGGCAGCAUUGAGGAUACAAACCAGCUUACACUCUCUUUCCAGGGUCAGGUUUACGUAUUUGAUUCAGUAUCUCCUGAGAAGGUUCAAGCAGUACUACUAUUACUAGGUGGGCGUACAAGCAUGCCUUAUACGUCUUUAAACCAUCACCAGAAUAACAGGGUAUGAGUACAACUUAUUAUAGUUUACUGCUGUUUUCUUCUUUACCAACUGCUUUUAGUUUUCUUUUACCAGGAUCUGUCCAGUACUCCCCGGAGGUUGGCCUCACUGAUGAGAUUUCGUGAAAAGAGGAAAGAGAGGAAUUUUGAGAAGAAAAUUCGUUAUACUGUUCGCAAGGAAGUGGCCCUCAGAAUGCAACGGAAUAAAGGGCAGUUUACUUCUUCAAAGCCUGUUCAUGAGGAUUCUACCUCCGCAGCUACAAGCUGGGACUCAAAUCAAAGUUGGCAUUCGGACGGUAAUGGUUUCCAGCAUCAAGAAACUGUCUGUCGGCAUUGUGGUGUGAAUGAGAAAUCUACUCCAAUGAUGCGCAAGGGACCGGAUGGACCUAAAACCCUUUGUAAUGCAUGUGGCUUGAUGUGGGCGAAUAAGGGAAGUUCAAGGGAUUUGUCCAAGGCAGCUGUUGGAAAGAAGCAAUGACAUGAUGAGCAGUCAUGAUUCAUCAUCAUAAAGGGCAGAGUGUGGAGAAUGGAGUCGGAUGACCAAGGUGAAAAGCAUAAAGCACCCCGUUCUCCUUCUAUUAUAUUGUAUUGUAUUGUAUUGUAAAAAGUGAUUUCUUUGCAUUACCUUUCAGUUCUUAUUCCUUUUUUUUUCCUUAAUAUUUCAGGAUUGAUUUAUAACGUUCUAGAUCUCCAAUUGCAAACGUUUAUAGAGCUGGUUUGAAUCAACCACUUUUUGAGAUGUAACUUUAAACUAACAGCCAAACAUUAUAAAAAUUCUGAUCAUAGAUAUCUUUUAUGUUGUA